AUGAAUGCAGCCGCUGUAGAACUUAUUAAUAGAUUAAAGAAAGAAGAUGAAAGCAAUAACAAAUGUUUUGAUUGUGGAAUAUCCAACCCCGAUUGGGUGUCUGUAAAUCAUGGUAUAUUUUUAUGUAUUAACUGUUCAGGUGUUCACAGAAGCCUGGGUGUACAUAUAAGUAUAGUAAGAAGUAUAAAAAUGGAUAUAUUUACAGAUGAACAAUUAAAAUAUAUAGAUAAGGGAGGUAAUAAAAAAUGUCAAACAUAUUUAGAGAAUUAUGGAAUAAGUGAUUUUAUUCCAGAAAGAAAAUAUAGAACUAAGGCAGCUGAUCAUUAUAGGAAAAUAUUAAGAUCGAUUGUUCAUAAUGUGGAUCCUCCUGCUCCUUUACCUUUAGAUGAAGGAAAGAGUUUAAUUAAUUAUGGAAGAAAUGAAAAUGUUAAUGAAAAUAAUAAAAAUCAAUAUUCAAAUGAAGAACCGGAUUUUAUUUCAUCAUUAAAUACAUCAGAAAUUAUAGAAAAUGUAAGUGCCACAUUUUCCAAUUUAAUAAAUAAAGCAUCAAGUAUGACAACUAAUACAAUAAAUAAUUUAAAUACUAAUGAUUUAAUAGAAUCAACUAAAGGUACAAUAAUCAAUAGUGGAAGCUGGUUUACUGAGAAAACUAAAAAAAUUGCAGAAAAUGUUAGUGAUAAUCCAUGGUGGGCUAAAGGACAAAGUAAAAUAAAAGAUGUUACACAAAAUGCUAGUGGAUGGAUAUCUACCAUUUCUUCAACAGUUUCAAGAACAAAUAGUAAUUUCUUUUUUUCAAAUAAUGAUACUAAUAUAAAUAAUGGAAACAAUGAAGAUAUCAAUAAUAAUAAUACUAACGUUAAUAGUAAUGGUAAUACUACUAAUAAUAAUAAUGAACAAGCACAAAAUAAUAAUAAUGUUAAUUUUAAUUAUAAUAGUUCAAAUGCAAAUAAUGAAUAUUUAAAUUACGGAAUGAAUGAAAAUAAUUCAACUUUUAAUUGA